UCAUGGGUGUACACAUGCUCAUGGGGACAGUGCAUGGACCGGCAUUGCGCCUCCGCUCAUUGAAGGGAGGCUUGGCAUGCGGGUCUGGUUUAUGCAUGUUCCUAUACCUCGCUAGUCCCUUGCCUAAGCUGAAUGAGCUAUCCCGUUGCCCAUAGCGCACAGGUGUGUUAUGACCUAGUAGUUGCCUAUCAUCAUUGGCACUUAGGUGCCCAACAUCAUCAGUAUAUAGUAGUCCCUUUACAUCGACACCAAGUCGUCUCUUAUCAUGGCCAUCCUCCCUUUAGCAUGUAAAUGGCGCCUCCCAUGGACCGAUAAGAACCAACAGAGUGCCUCGGCCAUGAGCCUUGAGGUCACGAUUCAGUGUUACUGACCUUGGUAGAGUCAUCUCAUCGGGCAACUCCUAGCCCUAAGCAUAAGCUUGUCCUGGACACCGCACGGGUUUCCGUGACAAGUGGUCAAUGGACUUUAUGGACGUGUGGGCGAGCAUGGGACCCCAAGCACCGGAUUAUGACAAGUGGAGGAACACCCAGAAAUCAGUCCUGAAGGACAAUGUAUACGCGGAGUCGGACGACUAGUCUGGCCUGGUUUACUUACCACUGGAGCAGAAGGAGAAAUGGGCGGAUAAGAUUUACGUGGAGAGCCAGUACUACUUCAGAGGGUGUUGGUUGGAGAUUGUGGAGAUGUUGUAAAAGAUUAGCGACAUGUACACAGGGAUUGAGACAAGUGCAGGGGAGCUGAGAAGGUGACAUGCCGAGAAGGUGAACGGCUACUAUGCACAGCUAAGGGAGCCAUAUCUGAAGGAGGCUGGGUUCGGUUGGGGGAGCUGGAGACGCCCCUUCGUCACCCAUUUUACUGGCUGUCAGCCCUGCAAUGGAAAUCACAACCGCAUAUAUUCGGGGGAGAGCUGCUGGAAGGGAAUAGAGAAAGCGCUGAAUUUUGUAGAUAAUCAGGUUGCAGAUACCUGGUCAAGGUGAACUCACCGAAAUGGUCGCCGGUGCUGGAGAAGGAGAGCUCGGGUGGAGGGGAGAAGAACGGGGUCAGGGGACGGCCAGUUUAAGCAUGAGGGGGCGGAAAUGUAGAAAUGAGAUUUUGGGCUAACGGGACAAGCUAAUGGCCGUCCGAUUAGCCCCGCACGUGGGAAUGCUGAUCGCGUGCGAAUGAACAGGUGGCGGACGCUCGAUAUGUGGGGCGAGAGGCGGUGGGACGCAGAUUUGAACUCGUUUAUUGGAGUCACUCCAGUCGGGGCAUGCGAAGAAAGCUGAACGACCGAGAAAGUUUCCACGUGGCAAAUUAGUUUGGUCCAAAAUGAUCCCACGUGUUCUUCUAUUGUCCUCUAACAAUAGAAAGUUGCCAUAUAGAUGUGGGUCCCAUGCUGAAUUCAAAUCAGCCCCCUCAAAAUUGCCCCAACAACGUCCAACUUCGUGUAUUGGGAACAUCUCCGAUGAUGAAUCAACAUUCUGAUAUUAUCAUCUACAUCAUCGGGAGAUGUUCCAUCCCAGGGAUUCUAAUUGAUACCGAAAUGACACGUAAUCAAGUUAAACAUCAGCCCGAGGAAAAAACUCAAGCCCUAAUAUGUGCGGUACUGGGUACGUGUCCAUUAGUAGAUCCUUUUCAUGGAGGCUUACGUCUUAAAUUGAAGGAGCGAAAAAUUUCCCCCUGUUUGCACGCUCAAGCUUCUGCGCUUGCCAACUUCUAACGAGACAGCAUCAGAUUUUGGUCGUAUAUUCGCUUGCCGGGAGCGAAACAAUCACAGUUUUUGCUGUUGCCGCGUCAGAAAGGAUGAGCUGUAGUUCCGAAUACUCGCGGCUGUGCAGGCUGAUCAACGCCUCUCUCCGUUCGUACACCGAAUCGGAGCCAAUUCAAUUAACCAAAGAAAAGGAGAAACAUCUUUUGAUUGUUCUCUCUCAGGUUUCAAGAGAAAUUCAACGUUGUGGAGAUGAACUCGAAUGCGAUUCCGGGAAGCAGCCACUUGUUCUGAAUCCUGUUAUUGGUGGUCAUUGCUUUCCGGCACCGGAGUUGUAUUCUGAAUGUCACAACUGCUUCCUGGAGAUAUUAUCUAUCUUGGUAGGCCUCUUAAAUAUGAAAAGUCAAUACAUUCAACAUUUGGUGGGCAAUAUUCUUGUGGGCAUCUCCAAUUUUGUGUCUAAAUCUGGCAGGAAUUUUGGUGACUUUCUUCAUUUGUUAUGUGUUUGCAUAGAAGUGGUCAUCUCUAACAUUCUUUCAUCCUCAUCAGCAUCCCUUUCUGACCCAAAUAAUGAUGGAUUGGGAUUGAUUUCAGUCUUGCAACCAAGACUUGUAAAUGCUAACUGGCAUGUGGUGACUUGUCUUUCUAGAGUUUUACACAAUAUAUUGAAAUAUUUGAAGCAAAACUGCAGCAGUGAACUUGCAGAAAUAUACUUGCAUUCCGUCAGUUAUGGUCUUUCAAAUGUGCCCUGGGAUUUAUUGGAUAAGAUUCAUUCUGGUCAGGCAUAUGACAUGCAGAUAAGCUCUAAUGGGAAUGCUUCACUGCUCAGAAACAUUUGUUCUCCAGAGGCAUGGUUCUUGUUUCUAGGGAGCCUUCUUCAACUUUUCUGUUCCCUCGUUGAGCAAAGUGGUCUUGUAGAAGAAAUUCAUUGCUCCUUGGAUGAGCAUCUUCUUCUUGAUAAAAUUACAUGCCUUAUUCCUAAGAUUUUGAACUGGUGUUUCUCUGUGAAAUGGGAUUCUGGUAAUGCGUGUAUCCAGCAAUACUUGAGGCACAAGAUGUUGAUGCUAAUGACCAGGCUUACUCUCCAAGUUCAUUGGGAAUGUUCCACCCUAGUUCUGUGGUUGCAGUUGCUUCGAAGACACUUUCAAGAUCUUUUAGUGCAACCUAUAUCUGCAUAUGAUUCUGGUUUUGAUGAUAGCCUAGAAGGCUCUCCAUUCUUGGCGAGUAUCGCUGAUGGAGUACAUAAGAUACAUACUCGCCAUUUACAGAGGCAAGCUAUUUUCCUUUUCCUCAAGUGUUCCUUCAGUUUGGUUGGCUUUGGAAAAGAAACAGAUAUUAGAUGUGUCUGUGCAUCUUCAAAUUCUUGUUUGACACAUGAGUUAAAAUCUGGCCAGGAAUGUUCUGGCAAAAGGAAGGGUUUGUCUGAAAUUUCUGAAUGGCUUCAAGACCAUUUGCCUUUGGAAAUGUUUGUAGAUUAUGGAAUAUACUCAGAAAAAUGCAGCAUCUUUGCAUCAUCCUUCAUGCAGCUAUAUGUUGAUGAGGAUGAUAUCUUGUUUGAAGUGCUCCUGCAACUGCUGGCCCUACCAUUUCCUUUGGAGCAAGUGGAUUGGAAUGAUAGGUGCAAUGCUAUUCAUGAGGCAAAAGGAGACAUCAUCUACCAUGUCUUGAACAUUUUCAACCCUAUACAUCUUUUCCAUUUGUUUCUUGCAAAGUUACACUAUGAUCAUUCAGUGCUUCUUGAUUACCUCAUUUCAAAAGAUAUUGGGGUUAAUUGUGUACAAUAUCUUUUGAGGUGCCUUCGUUUGGUAUUCAGAUCAUGGAAUUUGUUUGUAGACUUUUCCAUGUGUCAGAAUGAAAUAAUCCAACUGUCUUGCAAGAAAAGAAAGGUCCUCCUAGAUGGUUCAGAUUCUCAUUAUAAGGCAGAUAUUUCAGUUUCACCAAUGAAAAAGGGAGAAACUCUUGGAACACUUGAGAAAGAACAUAAGAGACACCAUAAUCAUGGCAACAAGCGAUUUUGCACCUCACAACAGCCUUUUGAAAAUGCCAAAGAUUGUUUGCUUUCUUUAAAAAGAUGUGUGGAAAGCCUUCAUCAUAAGAACUUGUUUCCAUAUAAUCCUUCAGCACUCCUGAGAAGCUUCUCAAGCCUUUCAAGAAUAGCCAGGGGUCUGACAGAUGGUCAUUACACAUUCAUUGUUGACUAACCUAUGCAACUUUCUCAUCUUUUUAAUAUGCCUCAAUGUUUAGUCCAUUUGGCUGAAAACAUAAGCACUUUUGAGUUGCUCCUUGCAGCUUCACAAGGUUUCAAGAGCUCUGUCAUCAGCAAGAGAAAUAAUAACCUUGGAUGCUGGAUAGGUAACCUGGGAAAUUGCACUUACCCAAUCAUUAUCAUUAUUUAUUUCUUCCCGUUCUUAUAUUUAUCAUCAUCACUGGCCAGGGUUGCCAGGUUGGUCAAGAAUGGUUAUGUAAUGCAGGACUUUUUCCCAAUUUAUGAUGGGCUUGACUCAUUAAUUCAGGUUUGAGACUUUGGGGUCCCGAAGUCAUUGGUCUACCAUUUGAUAGUGUAACUAGAAGCAUACAAAUAUUGCACAAUUUGAUUGGCAACAGACAUUAUGGUAGUGGCCUUUCAGAACGAAUCUGUUGAAUAUUGCCAGAAAUUAAGUUAAACUGUGCCAUUUGAUUGGCAGAGUGGCUAUGCAUAACCAGUUGGCUGAAGAUUAUCUGGAACGAGGAACCCUAUGAAUUUUGGGGCAUGGUCCAAAUUUCUAUACGCUGGGAUAUUCAGAAACAUAGAAAUAUGGGCAUGCACAUAUUUGAAGACAACAGCGUUCGCAGUUGCUGAUAUUUCUCCUUGCUUCUGGGUGCAUCCGGAUUUAAGAAUACUGAUAGAAGAGCCUUGUGAGUCAACUAUUUAUCUGUUUGAACAUUGCAUUGGAUGCUGUGGUAGUUUGUAAUUGUUUUAGGUCUUGAGCUACCUACCUUGUUGGCAUGAAUGGUUUGAGAAAUUGGUAAGAAAUAUAUUGAUGUUGUUCUUGGAUCGUGUGGAAGAGUGAAUAUUGACAUUAAAUGAGCACAUUGGAUG